AUGUGGGAGACAGUACAGCGGGAAAACAUCCUGGAGCAGGUGGAGGAAGAGGCUGAGCAGAGCUCCUGCAGCAAACAGUUCUCCCCCCCACCCAUGCCACUCAUCAAGAGACUCCGGGGUUUCCAGCCGCGCGCGCGAACGGUGUGGAAGCUCGCUGCUCGCUCUCCGGGCCCGGGCCGGCCGGACGCUGACAGCGCGCGGCCCGCGGGGCCCGAGGGCUGCGGGGCCCGGCGUCCCCGCCCCGGCGCGGGCUGCCUCCAGAGCAGGAGCUUGCUUCUCAGCCUAGUUUCCUCCUGCCAGCUUCUUUCUCCAGUGGUGCUGCUGCUGCUUCUGGAGAAGGCGAACACAGAGUUCUACAAGUUCCUCUCAGGGCUGAGGGGGAGCGCCGUGCCCUGGCUCCUGUGGGUGUGUCUGCUGUGGAGUGGCCGUGCGGGCUGCCAGGCCCAGCGUGCAGGCUGCAAGAGCGUCCACUAUGACCUGGUGUUCCUGCUGGACACGUCCUCCAGCGUGGGCAAGGAGGACUUCGAGAAGGUGCGGCAGUGGGUGGCCAACCUGGUGGACACCUUCGAGGUGGGCCCAGGCCGCACGCGCGUGGGGGUGGUGCGCUACAGCGACCGGCCGAGCACGGCCUUCGAGCUGGGCCUCCUGGGCUCGCGGGAGGCGGUCAAGGCUGGCCACUACACCACCACCGAGGGCAUCCGUGAGCCGUGUAGUGUCUUCCUGGAAUGCUACGUCAUCUGUCCAUCCUCCCCUGAUGAGCAGAGCCUUCUUAGCCUUGCUGUCUCCCUGUCUGCUGUGCUGGUCCUGCAGCUCCGGUGUCGCUCACCCCUGCGAUCUCCAGGACCAGCUCGUGGAAUGUCCACCCUGGCCCUUCCCCCAUCCACGGGGGUUGCGGGAGAGCGGGAGGCACUCCUGUGUGCUGACCUGGGUCCUCCUGCGAGAGCAGAGGCAGCGAGGCUGUGUGAGGAGCCAGCCAUCGUGUCCAGACUCCCACUCACCGUAUCCCUGGCCUCCCAUGUGGGAGUAGACACAGAAGGGUCCUUGGCUGGAAUCAGCACUCCUUCUCCAUUUUACCCAGGAGAUGCAGAUGACCAUGAGAAUUUGGUCUCUUUUGACACAGAGACCAUGGAGCCAAUUGAUGAACUGGCUUUUUAUGUGCUGUGCCCCAGCAUCCGGGUAGAAGGAGAUCGAUUUAAGCACACCAAUGGAGAAACCAAGGAAAUCACAGGUUUUGACCUCAUGGAUUUGUUCAAUGUGAAGGAGAUCCUGGGGAAGAGAGAGGAUGGAGCACAGAGUUCCUAUGUCCGAAUGGGAUCCUUCCCCGUGGUGCAGAGGACUGAGGAUGUGUUUCCCCAAGGUCUUCCUGAUGAGUACGCCUUCGUCACGACCUUCCGGUUCAGGAAAACAUCUCGGAAAGAGGACUGGUACAUCUGGCAGGUCAUCGAUCAGUAUGGCAUCCCACAGGUCUCCAUCCGGCUGGAUGGUGAGAACAAGGCCGUGGAGUACAACGCUGUGGGGGCCUUCAAGGAUGCCGUCAGGGUGGUCUUCCGGGGUCCCCAAGUCAAUGACCUCUUUGAUCGGGACUGGCACAAGAUGGCUCUGAGCAUCCAGGCCCAGAACGUUUCCCUGUACAUCGACUGCGAGCUGGUGCAGACGCUGCCCAUCGAGGAGAGGGAGAACAUUGACAUCCAGGGCAAGACGGUCAUUGGCAAACGCCUGUACGACAGUGUGCCCAUCGACUUUGACUUGCAGCGGAUUGUGAUUUACUGUGACUCAAGACAUGCAGAACUAGAGACGUGCUGUGAUGUCCCAUCUGGUCCGUGCCAGGUGACGGUGGUGACUGAGCCUCCGCCUGUGCCCCCACAGCCGCCCACCCCUGGCAGCGAACAAAUUGGAUUCCUAAAGACCAUCAACUGCUCCUGCCCAGCUGGAGAAAAGGGUGAAAAGGGCUUUGUUGGUCCUGUGGGGCUCCCUGGUCCGAAGGGAGACACGGGAGCCACUGGGCUGACAGGAAUGCCUGGUCCCAAGGGAGAGAAAGGGGACAUGGGCAGAGGACCCUUUAUCCAAGGAGAAAAGGGAGAAAAGGGUUCCCGGGGACUGCCUGGGCCCCCGGGGAGAGACGGCAGUAAAGGCGUGAGAGGGGAGUCGGGAGAGCUGGGUGAGCCGGGGCUGCCUGGAGAAGUGGGCAUGCGGGGGCCCCAAGGACCACCUGGGCUUCCAGGGCCUCCCGGGCACGUCGGAGCUCCGGGCCUCCAGGGAGAACGAGGAGAAAGGGGAACCCGAGGAGAAAAGGGAGAACGAGGCUUGGAUGGAUUCCCCGGGAAGCCUGGGGAGACAGGGGAGCAGGGAAGACCUGGACCUCCGGGUAUGCCAGGGCCUCCAGGAGAGAAGGGUGAAGCUGGACCUACAUGCCCUCCUGGUGUGCCAGGCUCUGUGAUGCAGAGAGAGGGCCCGAAGGGAGAGCAGGGGGCUCCAGGACCAAGAGGUCACCAGGGCCCGCCUGGACCACCAGGGGCACCGGGUCUGCUUGGUCCAGAAGGCAAAGAUGGAGCCCCUGGCUUACAAGGUCUCCGAGGGAAGAAAGGUGACGUGGGACCGCCGGGGACCCCAGGAGCAUCGGGGCUACAGGGUCCCCCUGGACCACCCGGCAUCCCAGGGCCCCCUGGACCUGGAGGCCCCCCGGGCCUACCUGGAGAAAUCGGCUUCCCGGGCAAGCCUGGGCCUCCUGGGCAGACGGGGUCACCUGGAAGAGAUGGGCCAAAUGGACCGCCAGGCCUGCCAGGAUCCAAGGGAGAGCCGGGAGAAAGAGGCGAAGGCGGCCUGCCAGGGAGGCCUGGGCCCCGGGGUGAAGUUGGGGAGCAAGGCCUGGCAGGCAGACCUGGAGAGAAGGGAGAAGCAGGUCUCCCCGGUGCUCCCGGAUUCCCAGGUGUGCGGGGACAGAAAGGAGACCAGGGAGAAAAAGGUGACCUGGGAAUUCCUGGACUGAAAGGUGACCGAGGUGAAAAGGGAGAACAAGGGCCCAAAGGAGAGAAGGGCGAUCCUGGUGUGCCCGGGGAAGCGGGACCACAGGGCCGUCCUGGAGACCCGGGGCCUUGGGGACCCAUUGGACCUCCGGGCGCCAAGGGACAAGAUGGCUCCCACGGGGCCCCUGGAGCAGCUGGAAGUCCUGGUGCUCCUGGGCCUGCAGGACCCCCCGGUGUCAGUGGCCCCCCAGGAAGCGCGGGCACUCCGGGAAUCAGAGGCCCGCCGGGGAAAGAUGGCGAGCGGGGUGAGAAGGGAACAGCAGGCGAAGAAGGGCGCCCAGGGCCAGCGGGGCCUCGGGGUGAUCCCGGGCCACCCGGGAAGGGGAAGGACGGCGAACCGGGGCUGCGAGGCUCCCCCGGCUUCCCUGGCCCUCCAGGAACCAAGGGGGACCGAGGAGCACCUGGGAUCCCUGGCUCUCCUGGUAGCCGUGGAGACGCGGGCAUUGGGGUUGCUGGACCUCCUGGCCCAUCAGGACCACCAGGAGACAAAGGCCCCCCGGGAUCCCGAGGCUUACCUGGAUUCCCCGGCCCCCAGGGACCAGCUGGUCAGGACGGUGCACCAGGAAAUCCGGGAGAAAGAGGGCCUCCGGGAAAACCAGGUCCUUCUUCAGUGCUGUCUCCAGAGGACAUAAAUCUCUUGGUUAAGGACAUUUGCAAUGACUGCCCUCCUGGUCCCCCAGGCCUUCCUGGUCUGCCAGGCUUUAAAGGGGAUAAAGGUCUCCCGGGAAAGCCAGGGAGAGAAGGCGUAGAAGGGAAAAAGGGAGACGCUGGACCCCAAGGCAUCCCAGGGCCCCCGGGGGUAGCUGGGCCACAGGUGAGCUCUGGAGCAGCUAGGGUUACAGGUGUGCGCCACCGGCACCUGCUGUCCAGCAGAUUCGAUUACAAAGGCUGGCAUCCCUACAGCAAUUCCCAGCCCAAAGACAGCCUCUAG